AUGUCAAAGCCCGAAAUUGACAGUGAUGGUUUUCAAAUUGUUUCAUCGAAAAAAUCUUACAAAAAGAACACUUUAGUGCCUCUAAACAAGCAGAAGUUUCACAAAAACGAAAUUAAAAUAGAUAUUGAAAAAUCGCAUAGGCGAAUUCAAAGUACUGUGGAGGAGUUAAAAGAUUCUGAAUACUUGAAAAGUGUCAUAAAAGCCGUAAGUAAUGUUUUAAAAGAUAGAAACAUAAUAGAAAUCAUUUGUUUCGGUCUUGGUCAUAUUGGAGAGUGCAAUGUUUCAAGAUACCAACUAGCCUUUUUACUGUGCUUGAUAAACUGUUUUAAACCUCAACAAGUGUUGGUCCACGACCCUAUUUUCUACACAGAUGAGUGUGAACUUAUAAAAAAGUUUAAUUUAACUCUUAUUGAAGAAAAUACUGAAGGCACUUACAUAAUAACCAAUAAAGGUAUUUCUCUAGUGUACCUACCACAUUGUCCGAAACAGCUCACUAAUAAUUUUCUCUGGAGUAAUUGGGGUUUGAAUUUGGAAAAUUGCAUUCUUCUUGGAAACACUUUCACAUCAAUCAUAGACAGUAAUUCAGAUAGAAUUUUGACUGAAACUGUACCAUUCAUACACAAAAUACAUCCUUUAACAUAUGAGGUGUCUUUAGAUAACAAUUUUAAAUACAAAGAUAUCUUCAAUGAUACUUCGAUACAUUACUUUUCUAAAGAAAAACUAGACUCUGUAACAUCAGAUUUUUGGAUAAAUAAAGACAAGCCACAAUAUAUAGACACUGUUGAGUUCAUAACGUCUUUAAUGGUUGAUAAAUUGACGGUAUGAUAUUUU